CCACUCUGAGCCACACUGAGUCACAGCAGCAGGUAGUAGAACAUGGCACUCACCAUGACUCUGGAACUGCAGGCACUGCUGCUCACCUGCCUGGUGCUACUCCUGCACCAGAAAGACCCAGGUGCGGGUGCCCAGAAGUAUCCAGACUUCAAGCUGCAGCAGUCCCAGGGCCCAGUGGUGAUGGCCACGGGGGAGACGCUGACUCUGAACUGCACAGUGUCUGGAUUGGGUCCUAUUGGCCCUGUGAAGUGGCUGAAGGGCUCGGGCAGCAGCAGUCAGACCUUUUAUGAUCUUAAAGGCCCCUUCCCACCCCGUGUGACGAGGGCAGUCGAUGAGUCCAACACAGACUUCACCAUCCACAUCAGGGAUGUCCGUCUUGAGGACGCCGGCACCUAUUACUGCGUGAAGUUUAUCAAAGUCAUCGAUGGUGAAGAGGUGUUUAAGAGCGGCGAGGGCACGGAGGUGUCGGUGCACGCCAGACCCUCCGAGCCGGUCAUGUCGGGGCCGAGUCGCCGAGCGGUGCCGGGGCAGUCGGUGCCCUUCACCUGCAGUGCUGCAGGGUUCUUCCCCCGUGACAUCCAGGUGAAAUGGCUCAAGAACAGCGUUUCAGUUCAAGCUGAGCCACCCAACAUCACCCCAGAGCUGUCCAGGUCCUCCUACAACAUGUCCAGCACCAUACAGGUGACGCUGCGUGAGGACGACAUCCGCUCGGAGCUGACCUGCGAGGUGCAGCACAUCACGUUGGCGGACCCGCUGAGGAGGACGUACGCGCUGCGCCAGGCCCUGCGAGUUCCCCCCAACGUGUCUGUGGUCGCUGCACCGCCGGGCGCCGUGGAGGUGAACAAGACGGUGAACUUCACCUGCCAUGUGCGGGGCUUCUACCCGGGACCUGCGACCGUCACCUGGCUGGAGAACGGGACGGAGACGAACGCGGGGAGCACCACGCGGCCAAGGGAGACCUCCCGGGGCUUGUAUGAGCUGAAGAGCACGGUGACGGUGCAGGCGGGAGAGGAGAAGAAUGGCUCCAGGUUCACCUGCCGGGUGGUGCUCAAGAACCUGAAGCCCAUCUCCAGCACGGGCACCCUGCGGAUCGCUGCCCCAGCCCAGUGGGGACCCAGCGACAGCUGCACCGGAGACAACAGUGCCAUUCUCCUGUCCAGCCCUGGCAUAUGGCUCGGCCUGCUGUUGGAGAAGGUGCUCCUCGCCAUCGUUCUCUUCUUCCUCUUCAAGCGCAGCCGGCCCUGAGCAGCGCCGGGCAGAGCCCCAGCCGGGACGGGAGCGGCCUCCGAGAGCGCUUCCUCAGAGCUUCGCAGCCCCGGGCCCCGCUCGCACCGCACCCACAACGGUCGGUUUGGGCCCCGCCUGCACCCUCGCGUUCCCCGCUGCUUUGCUGCGCGAAUGUUUAAGAGAAAAUCGAUGCGAAAUCUUCAGCUCCACACCAACGCGUGCCAGCAUCUUCGUUUCAAUACAACAUUUUGCCAAAUUCAUCCUCGCGGUGUUUUCUUACGGGGACGUCGAGGCAGGGAGCGGGGCGACGCAGCCCGGGGCCGCAUCCCGC